UGACUGUUUCUGAUAAACAAUCUGCAGUUUGAAGAACCAGUUCUUUUCAGCUCACGUCAUCUCUGAACGUUUACUCUGGAUUACUUAGUAUUAAUUUGGAAUACUCAGGACUCUUGUUUAAAUGGCUUUAUCCAAAACUGAAGCAGAGAUACAUUAUGGAUUUAAGGUAGAAGAGGAGGACAGAUGGAAUGUAAGCGUGUCAGACACAUCCAUGAGUGUUCUGAACAGCAGUCUCACCACAGUUUUCCUCCCUGUGAUCUACAUCAUCAUCUUUAUUGUGGGGUUACCCACCAACGCCAUGGCCGUCUGGGUGUUCCUCAUCAGAAUGAAGAAAAAGAAUCCAGCGUCCAUCUUACUGGCCAACCUCGCACUGGCUGACCUGCUCUUCAUCAUCUGGCUCCCGAUGAAGAUCCACUAUCACUUCAAAGACAACAACUGGACCUUCGGGGAACCACUGUGUAAAGUUCUAGUGGGUUUUUUCUAUGGGAACAUGUACUGCUCCACUAUCUUCAUAGCAUGCAUCAGCAUUCAGCGCUACUGGGCAGUUACACACCCACUCUCUCACAAACUGACCAAUCGUGUAGCAGUGUGUGUAUCUGUGUGUGUGUGGAUUGUGGUCUGGAUCAUCACCAUCCCACUCUACCUGUAUGACCAGACUGUUCAAGUCACCAACCUCAACAUCAUCACCUGCCAUGAUGUCAUACGCCCCAGCCAAUUACACUUCCCUGUUGGAUACUUCCUGACCAUGGGCAUUAUGGGAUAUGUAGUUCCCUGUUUGGUGUGUGUAGUAGCAUAUCUGCUUACAUUUCGCUCCCUUAGGGAGUCUGUUACAGAUUCUGACAAUGAAAAGAAGAAGAAGAAGGCGAUUAUCCUCAUGGUCAUUGUGCUGGUGAUGUUUCUAGUGUGUUUCACUCCCAGUAACAUCAUGCUGAUGGUGCACUACACUGUGCUGGGUGCAGAGAUUCAGAAUGAAGCCUACAGCUUCUAUAUUGUUGCACUGUGUCUGGGCAGUCUGAACAGCUGUCUGGACCCGUUUGUGUAUUAUUUUAUCUCGGAUGAGUUCAGAGAGCAUGUGAACAACACGCUGAAGUGUCGUAGUGAACGAUCUGCUGAGAGGAUGAAGGUUUCCUUCAGUGCUCUGAAGUUCUCAAGUGGGAGCAGCACCUAAACCUCUAACGUUAC